UUUGAAACGAGUGGCCGUUUGAAAGUCUUUUACUCUGGUAGUCUGAAGUCUGUACCUUUCUCUCUCCCACACAGUCUAAAAUCAGAUUAAAGAAUACGAAAAACUCCAAAAAAAAAAGUUUCGAAGUUCAAAAACCUUCCUUAAAUACUGUACUACUACUACCAAGAUGCAAAGAGAGAGAGAUUCACGUUACACUUAUUCAUUGUCUUAAAUUAAUCUUGACUCUUCUUCAGUCUUCUUCAUCCCUCCCAUUCAUUAGAUUUUGAUUUUUUUGAGGGCUGUUUCCUUUGGAUUUACUCUUUAAUGUAGUUAUUGAUUGGGUCAACUCAACCAACUGGCUCCAAUCUUUUAACUCACUCAACAUCUAAUUUUAGAAUUUUUUUAAAAAAGAUUGUAUUUUUUGAAGACCCUUUUGGUUUGUGGUUUAUAUCUGAGUGGAAAUGACGGGGAUGGUGAUGGUGUCAAAGGGAAUGGGCUGCGGUGGCGGUGGUGGAUUUGCUAAGCCGGCGGCCAGAGGCGGCGGUGGUGGUGGAGAUGUUGAGGAGGAUGAGAGGCAGCAGGUGUCAUUGCUGGAGCUUCUGCUGGCGGCUCUGAGGAAAUCAAUGGUGUCUUGCCGGGUGGAUCGGCAGGAGGAAGCCGCUAUCUCCGCCGCUGUCAACUCCAUGGAAAUCGGGUGGCCCACCAACGUUCAGCACAUAACCCACGUGACUUUUGACCGCUUCCAUGGAUUUCUGGGUCUUCCUGUGGAGUUUGAGGUUGAAAUCCCCUGUAGAGUCCCCAGCGCCAGGUCUUUCAAAUUCCCGUACUUUUCAAAAUCCCAUCUUUUUUUUUUCCUCUUCCCUUUAAUGUCUCUGUUCCUCGUAAUGUUUAGCUUUUGGAUUUUCAUCCGCACCAUUUUUGUCUAAAGAUCUGUGAGAUAUUAAGACCUGUGAGAUAUUUACGGUUUGUAUUGGAGAUUUGCGUGAGAUGUUACAAAGCUUUACUUGUUAGUACUUACUGUGUUAAAUUUGGAUGAUUGUAGAAAGGUUUUGUGAAAAGUUUACUAGUUGGCUCUGUUCUAUGCGAGGAGGAAUUAUCUUCAGGCGUAUUGGUUGCUCAGGAUUUUAAGUAUUUUCAAAAAAUUUCUACUUGUAUACUGGCUUAGAGCUAUAUGAUCCAUGUAAAAAAUGAUCUCUUUUAUGCUAAAUAUCUCAUUAACUAGACUAGGAAAAAGGCCAUGUGGAGUUGAAUUUCCAGGAAAUUUUGGUGUUCUGCUGCACUCCCCAACCUUAACCAACCCUAUGAAUGAUUUCCCUUCCUUUUCUUGUCUGUUUGUUUUUGUCUUUUCAACAUUCAAGGAUCUUGUCUGGUGUUGUCUUUCCCGAAUGUCCAAACUUUUCUAUAGAAUCUUCUUAAGAAACUGUUGAUGAAAUUUGACUAGUGGGAAUUAUAGGAUUCUUGGAGUCCAAUCUUUACUGUUCGGAAUUGGUAUGGAUGAAUUUGACACAACAAGAAUAAUUGUCAGUUCUUUAUUGGGAUUAUGAAAAUCAAGUUAAUGAUUGUACACUUGUACUGUUUAAUAGAUGUGCUGGGUAGAGUUGAGUUGGUCCCUUCACUUUUUUUUACAUGAAAGGGUCACACACUUCUUUGUAUGAUUCACUAAUCAAAGUCUGUUCUUAAUUUUCCAUCAACGGCCAAAUUUUGUUGCCCAAAAAUAUGAUAAUAUCUAAGGGUUUAAGUUUUUUUGUCCUGCAGUGUCAGUGUAUUUGGAGUGUCUGCUGAAUCAAUGCAAUGUUCCUAUGAUGCAAGAGGGAACAGUGUCCCAACGAUUCUCCUAUUGCUGCAGGAAAGGUUGUACUCGCAGGGCGGCCUGAAGGCAGAAGGGAUUUUUCGUAUAAACCCUGAGAACAGCAAAGAGGAGCAUGUUAGGGACCAGCUCAACCGUGGCAAUGUACCUGAUGACAUUGACGUUCAUUGUUUGGCUGGUCUGAUCAAGGCCUGGUUUCGAGAGCUACCAUCAGGCGUGCUCGAUGGACUCUCUCCGGAACAGGUCCUGCAGUGCAACACGGAAGAGGAAUCCGUUGAGCUUGUGAAACAACUAAAACCCACUGAAAGUGCAUUGCUGAAUUGGGCAAUUGAUCUCAUGGCUGAUGUUGUUGAGCAUGAGGAGGAAAACAAAAUGAAUGCCAGGAACAUUGCGAUGGUUUUUGCCCCAAAUAUGACUCAGAUGUCUGACCCGCUGACAGCACUGAUGCACGCUGUUCAAGUCAUGAACUUGAUGAAGACCCUCAUCAUGAAAACCUUGAGGGAGCGCGAAGAGACUGUAACUGAAGGGUGCUCACCUAUGUCGUCCUGUUCAUCAGACAGGGCUGCUGCUGAUGGUAAACAAUUUGGUAGCCUACACGAUGAUGAAUUGAUGGAUGCAAGUUGUGAAUCAGCUGGUCCUGCUACUGAUGAUGAUGACGAUGAUGAGCCUGGCCGUUACAGCCACAGCAGCGACGAAAAAGAUGAGAUUGAAUCCUUGAGUGAUAUUGAAGAACGUUUCCUGAGGCAAUUGGAUGAGAAUGAAAACGCAAAGAACGGGUUCAGAAAGCAGUUGGCUGGUAUUUUAUGCGGUGAUCAUGGCAGUCCUUUGACUUUCAACGGAAACUCUUCUCUCCUGACUUUGUCGUACAGUAAAAUGGGGAAUUCCAGCUUGAGCUCCAGCGAUGAUGAGGAAGAAGAAACAAGUCCUACGCCAGCAGUUCUCAGAAAUGCUAAUGAUGUUGCAGAUGAUUGAUGAGAACAAGGUGGAAUCGGCAACUUUAACGCUUCCUGAACCUGUCUGAUUUGAUUCUAGCGUCUUUAACACAAACUAGGAGAUACGGCAUGGUUUAUUUCACUGCUACAUUUAGCUCCUCUUUUGUAUAUGUACAUCAUCAUGUGAGUUAGGUUAUGGUUAGAAUGAGGAGUGGUUUGUGCUACUUAUUAGUUUCUCUUCUGGUUGGUUUGGAAUGGUUCAGCUUGGGGCUGAACUAAAUUUUGCUUUGUAGAAAAGCACCUAACUUUAGACUAAACGGUGUGUGUGGUUUGACCAGAAAGAAAAAAAGAUGUCGGUCUUUUGGCAUUGCUGAAAAUGCAGACCCUGAAAAGUCUGAAUUUAAAUGUUCUGUGCAACUUCAAACGGAUAUGGGUUGCCUUUAAAGUAGUAAUGUAGUAAGUCCAGUAAUUGCCCUGAACUGCCUUUCGUCCUUUUACUAAAUGCUUCUUACAUCAUCAGCUAUAUGAAUAACAUAUCGGUCUUCAGUC